AUGUGGAACCAGAAGCCGAAGCCGACUUUCAGGUUUGAGAUAGAUAACUUCUCAGAGAAGGGAUACAGUGCCAUAGCGUCUCCGACAUACGUGAUUGACGGAUGCGAAUGGGAUCUAUACGUUUGGAAGGGAAAUCCUCUUGCUAGUAAGAACCUUCUUGUGAACCUGUACGUUCCAAAUCAUAAAUCACUGGGCACGGGAUGGAGAAGGACAUGUAGUUUUUACUAUGUUGCUUUGAACGAAUCCGGCAAAGAGCUCCACAGAUCAUCUGUUGAUGUGAGAGUGUUUAGGGAUAAGAAUCCGGGCUAUGGUUUCCAAAAUUCCGUGCAUGUUCCCAAGUUUUCCGAAAAAGAGUUGGAGAACGACAAACUCAUCAUUGAAGUCUACAUUAAACUUGUUGAAGCUUUUGAUGGCGAAGUCGGAGACGUAACUAAGAAGGAGGAGAUUGUAAAUAUUAAUGGUUUUCUAGUUCUUGCUUCUCAAGCUAUUCAAGUGAGGAAGAUAUUCGCAGAGCACCCACACAUUGCUUUAAAUUUCAAAUCAAAGAACCACGUGGUGAAAACAGAAUACAUGAAUGUCCUCCUCGGCCUCAUCGAUACACUAAACAAGCCUCGGCAUAGUCUCUCAAGGAUGGAAAUAUGCAAUGCUCACAGCAAUUUGAGAGAGCUGAUGGACGUAGGUUUCAAGCUGGAGUGGUUGAAGACAAAGCUUGGAGAGGGUUCCUUGGAGAGCAAGAAAUCAGAUGACCACGAUGAGUCUCGGGUUCAACAACUUGAAGAACGCGUCAAGAAUCUUGAGCUGAUGGAUAUAGGAAGCUUGAAGUCCAAGCUUGAAUUAGCACAAGUUGAUGAUUCUCGGGUCGAACAACUCGAGGAGAGCGUCAAACAUCUUGAGCUGAUUGUGUCGGAUCUCAAAGCUGAACUAGACAAGGAGAAGGCAAAAUCUUCUGAUUGUGGAUUUUUGUUAGUCGAUUAG